AUGAACAAGCUGUACAUCGGCAAUCUCAACGAGAGCGUGACCCCCGCGGACUUGGAGAAAGUGUUUGCGGAGCACAAGAUCUCCUACAGCGGCCAGUUCUUGGUCAAGUCCGGCUAUGCCUUCGUGGACUGCCCCGACGAACACUGGGCGAUGAAGGCCAUCGAAACUUUCUCCGGGAAAGUGGAGCUGCAAGGAAAACGCCUAGAGAUUGAACACUCCGUCCCCAAAAAACAAAGGAGUCGAAAAAUACAGAUCCGAAAUAUUCCACCCCAGCUUCGAUGGGAAGUACUGGACAGCUUGCUGGCUCAGUAUGGGACAGUGGAGAACUGCGAGCAAGUGAACACCGAGAGUGAGACAGCAGUGGUGAAUGUCACCUAUUCCAACCGCGAGCAGACCAGGCAAGCCAUCAUGAAGCUGAACGGCCACCAGCUGGAGAACCACGCCUUGAAGGUCUCCUACAUCCCUGAUGAGCAGAUAGCACAGGGUCCCGAGAACGGGCGCCGAGGCGGCUUUGGCUCUCGGGGUCAGCCCCGCCAGGGCUCUCCUGUGGCAGCGGGAGCCCCAGCCAAGCAACAGCAAGUGGACAUCCCCCUGCGGCUCCUUGUGCCCACCCAGUACGUGGGCGCCAUCAUUGGCAAGGAGGGCGCUACCAUCCGCAACAUCACGAAACAGACCCAGUCCAAGAUCGACGUGCACAGGAAGGAGAACGCAGGCGCUGCCGAGAAGGCCAUCAGCGUGCACUCGACCCCCGAGGGCUGCUCCUCUGCCUGUAAGAUGAUCUUGGAGAUUAUGCACAAGGAGGCAAAGGACACCAAAACGGCUGACGAGGUUCCCCUGAAGAUCCUGGCCCAUAAUAAUUUCGUGGGGCGUCUCAUUGGCAAGGAGGGGCGCAACCUGAAGAAGGUGGAGCAGGACACAGAGACGAAAAUCACCAUCUCUUCGCUACAGGACCUCACCCUCUAUAACCCCGAGAGGACCAUCACCGUGAAGGGCGCCAUCGAGAACUGCUGCCGGGCCGAGCAGGAGAUCAUGAAGAAAGUUCGGGAAGCCUAUGAGAAUGACGUGGCUGCCAUGAGUCUGCAGUCUCACCUCAUCCCCGGCCUGAACUUGGCUGCUGUAGGCCUUUUUCCAGCCUCCUCCAGUGCAGUCCCACCACCUCCCAGCAGCGUCACCGGAGCUGCCCCCUACAGCUCCUUUAUGCAGGCUCCAGAGCAGGAGGUGGUGCAGGUGUUCAUUCCUGCCCAGGCAGUGGGCGCCAUCAUCGGCAAGAAGGGGCAGCACAUCAAACAGCUCUCCCGUUUCGCCAGCGCUUCCAUCAAGAUUGCUCCUCCUGAAACUCCGGACUCCAAACUUCGUAUGGUCAUCAUCACUGGACCCCCAGAGGCCCAAUUCAAGGCUCAGGGAAGAAUUUAUGGAAAACUCAAGGAGGAGAACUUCUUUGGUCCCAAGGAGGAAGUAAAGCUGGAGACCCACAUCCGGGUGCCAGCGUCGGCAGCUGGCCGGGUCAUUGGCAAAGGUGGCAAAACGGUGAAUGAGCUGCAAAAUUUGACAGCAGCUGAGGUGGUGGUGCCGAGAGACCAGACCCCUGAUGAGAACGACCAGGUCAUCGUCAAGAUCAUUGGGCAUUUCUAUGCCAGCCAGAUGGCUCAGCGGAAGAUACGAGACAUCUUGGCCCAAGUCAAACAGCUGCACCAAAAGGGACAGAGUAACCAGGCCCAGGCCCGGAGGAAGUGA